UUGGGUUUAUAAAGGGGAUGAUUGGGAGAAGAUUAAGGUAAGAUUAGCAAUGGGUUCCCCAGUAGUUUCACCAUUGAUAAACCUUGUGGUGAGAGUGUUUACAAUAAUCCUUUUAGUGGCUUCUCUCAUUGUUCUUGCAACUGAUAAUAUUACUUAUGGGCUUGGUUUCUAUGAUUACGGUUAUCAAUUCAAGUUCACUGAUAUUUAUGCUUACCGUUACAUGCUUUCUGUGAUGGUUAUUGGGUUGGUGUGGAUUCUCCUUCAAUCUGCCUUCACAAUCUUCCAUUUUAGCUCUGGAAAUCCCCUUGGUGGAAAUGCUUUUGCCCAUAUCGAAUUUUAUGGUGACAAGGUAAUUUCGUACUUGCUAGGCACAGGGGCGGCUGCAGGUUUUGGACUAACGGUUGACGCGAAACGGUUUUCUGAAUUGGAUUCAUUCGAAAAUGAUUUCUUCAACAAAGCUAACGCUGCUGCGAGUCUUCUCCUUAUUGCCUUCUUCUUGUCUGCUAUUUCCUCUGUGUUUUCUUCCUAUAAUCUCCCCAAGGCGGUUACCGCCGCUUAAUGCCUCGCCGCCGCCAUCCGGAAAAUAAUUAAUGUCAAUCCGCCGCUUCCCGGCCACCUUUGCUUUUGCUCACUCAAUUGUAAUUUCGACCAAUAAGUAUCAAUGACGACGACAUUGUUGAUUUGAAUUG